AUGAAUUACCAAGACCACCUGACUAAAUUCACACUUCUACGUCCACUGAAGACCAAAACAGCUGAGGAAGUUGUUUAUUACCUUGUUGACAUUUUUUGCAUAUUUGGGGCGCCAUUUACCCUCCAGAGUGAUAAUGACCGAGAAUUUUCCAACAAAAUUAUAAAAAACAUGACUGAACUAUGGCCUGGAAUGAAACUUGUUCAUGGAAAACCAAGACAUUCCCAAAGUCAAGGGUUUGUGGAAAGAUUAAAUCAAGAUGUACGUGAGAUGCUGGUAUCUUGGAUGGCUGACAAUAGACCAAAAAAUUGGUCUGAGGGGUUGCGCUUUAUUCAAAGUAAAAAAAAUCGUGCCCUCCACGUUGGAAUCAAAAUGAGUCCUUACGAAGCUAUGUUUGGAAGCCCGCAAAUAGCUAGACUUGCCGACUCUCCUUUGACUGAAAAUGUUUAUUCAAACAUCGAAACUGAGGAAGAGCUUGAAGAAUUGUUGAAAAAUAUCAAUAAUAACAAUGAACUGCAGUCGCUGGACGACGUUGGGGAUUGCGAUGAGAACAAGGAGAACGUCGAAGACUCAAGUAAAGUGUACUGCAUAAUCUGCGAAAAAGAAUCUUCAGGAGCACACAAAUGUUCAGAAUGUGACAACUUUGUGCAUGUGAUUUGUGGAAAGUCAACAAGCGAAGGGAAAAGAUCUAUUCGCACUGAACAAAACAAUGCAAAAAAUAAUUUGAAAAAACUAGCGGAAAAAAUGUUAGCAUUGUCCAAUUCAAAAUUUACACCGGCUGAAAUCGGUACUAGUGUUGUAGUGAGAGUGCCUGAUAUUGAUCGCGGACGAUUAGCUCCCAAACAACACGAAAUUAUUAAUAACUAUCAUCGAUUAAAUUACAACGGAAUCGAAGAGACAUACAAACAUCUGAAAAGACAAUUUUAUUGGUCAAAAAUGAAAGAACGCGAUCUGGGAAACGAACUCGCCUUCCAGCCCUAG